AGAAAUACCUAUGUAACACUGAUUUAAUUAUAUUUCAAAUAUCUAUUGGCUCUUUCAUCCGUAACAGAAAGUUUUCAUAUAGUAAUAGUAAAUGGUAUUUGCAGUAGGAAAGAAAAUAAAAUAUUUUGCGAUGAAUGAUUAUUAAAACAUCUCUUUGGUAUAGAGGAGCAAUUUCAAAAACAAAACUAGUUAGGAAUAUAGGUAACCUAGUACUAGAUUUCCAAAUAGUAUUUGCGUUUCCGAAACGCAAGUCAAUAAUGCGAUAAACAGAGCGAAAGAGAAUGCGUAACACAAUACAAGCGGUCUCUCUCAUGCGUCUCUGUCGCACAGUCCGCACGGAGCGCGCGGGAGCGAGACGAACCACGCCACGCUGCUCCUCUCCACGGCCGUCUCGCUUCUCCAAGCGUUGGCGUCCAGUGAGGCGUGGCCACGCCAAGUGAAUAGACGCUGAACCCACGCGCGCGUGUCCCAAAAAAAUAGCAUGGCGUCCUCAGAAAGUAGCAUCUUGCGUAUCAGCGACCAAAAGACUCUGGAACUGGUCGAGCUGUACAAGAAAGAGGAAUGCUUAUGGGACACAACAUCUCUUAGCCACCGAAUCAAAUGUAGGAGGCGUCAGGCCGCCGAGAAGAUAGCUAGAAUUUUGAACAUACCGAAUUUUGACGCGUCACAUGUCAUGAUCAAGCUUAAGAACUUGAGGAACGCGUACUGCCAGGAGUUGAAGAAGUCGGCCAUGCUUCAGAACCAGGGGGUGGGCGACGACGCGCCGAAGAAGACCAAGCCGAAGCCGCAGUGGUAUGCUGUCAUGGACACGUUCAUUCGGCCGCACCUGAAGGCCAACUAUACCCCCAGCGGUCCCACGUUGGUAAUAAAUGGCGGUAUAAUCAAACGGGAACCUGAGCCGGAGCCAUUGGACGACCCGGACGAGCUCUGGGACAACCCGGGCUCCGAGGAGGAGAGGCUGUCUGAGCUACCAAAGACCACAGACACCUGCGUCGACAGCAUCGACUUCGAUUAUGAACAGUACAAGCGACCGGCCCCGAGCACCAGCAGCAACUCACCAAAGCGAAUGAGGAGUGAGAGCCUUCUAGCAGAAAGUCUGAAAGAAGUAUCCACAAAUCUAGCUGGUCUCAAAGAAGAUGCUGCUAAGAAUCAACAUAUGACAAAAGAAGAAUUGCAUGACAACUUCGGUAGAUAUGUAGCGUCACUGAUGCGGCUUCUGCCUAUGAAGAAAGCUUUGAUGCUGCAGCCAAAGAUCGUGAACAUGAUUUCAUCUGAAAUUUUAGACUGUCAAGACGACAUUUUUGACUGAAAAGAGGGGUUUUAGGACUAUGAAUGACUAGGUAUUAUUUAGAAUGUGAAGGGUAAGGUAUAGUGUCUUAAUCCUAUGCAGUGAUUGUUGAUGAUUGAAAAGUGAGUUUUAGAGGAUUCGAGUUUUUAGUUUUAAUAAAAGUUGUUGUAUUUGAGUCACAGAAUUAAGUACUCUCUUUUGCUUCAGACAAGGGUUACACCUGCUAAUAUGACCAGUUGCCCUAGUAGCAAUUUUUUUUUUAAUUUUAUGAGUAGAGAAGUUGAUUUUAUCCAUAUGGUCUAUCCACCAGCUGGGUAUUGAAGACGCGUUCAAUAUUAACAAUUAUUUGUAAUUUAUCCAUCGUUCGGUUGUAUGUAAUCCAUCGUUCUAUUAGUUAAAUAAACAAUUUUAAAUAUUUA